AUGGGAAAAGGCAAAUCAAGAGGAAGAAGGUUAGAGAAGAAGGUUGCCGAUGAAGUUGAUACAGACAGCAAUGACAAAAAUGAGAUCGCUGAGCCUUCAGAGGACAAUUUGAUCACUAAGACUACUUUUUUUGGAUUAGUUGACUCUAACGAGUUAGAUUACUUCAAGCAAGCAGAGCAGACACUUAAUAUUAAUACAUUUGAAAGUGACGAAGAGCGAGAGACAUUUACAAGAUCGAUAUUAGAAGAAGCAAAAGGAAAAGAGCUCAAGCUUGUGACCAACCAAAUAUGUUCGAAAUUAAUGGAACGUUUGAUUCUUCUUGCCAAUAGUGCUCAGCUCAAGAGAAUUUUCAGACUGUUUUCAAAGCAUUUCUUUGAACUAUGUCAUCACAAAUAUUCCUCACAUGUUUUAGAGACAUUGUUUGUGAGGUCAGCUGCUCUUAUCGAAAAGGAACUCACAGGAAUUGAUGGCGACAUACAAGUUGGAGAUGAAGAAGACGACGAGGAAGCAGAUGUUACCAUGGAAUCAUUAUUUAAUGCAAUGAUUGAUGAACUUAAGCCUCAUAUAAAGAUAAUGAUUACGGACCCAUAUUCAUCACAUGUCUUAAGAUUGUUAAUUCUAGUGCUUUCUGGCAAAGAGUUGCCCUCAACUACCACUUCAAACUCAGUAUUAAGGUCCAAAAAAUCUAAGAUUGCAAGAAAAAUGAUUGAAAUCAAGGACAACGAUGAUUUUAAUAGGUCAUUCCAGACUCCUGCAUCAUUCAAAGACCAAUUGAAAGACAUUUGUUCAAUCUCUAUUCAAGGUCAGGAUACGAAGCACAUCAGGGAGCUCGCAAUUCAUAAAGUAGGGUCUCCAGUGUUACAGCUAUUAGUUCAAGUGGAAGGAAUCGUGGAUAAGGAAAGAAAAAUUUGGUUUCUUUUAUUUGACUCCAAUGGCAAGGAACCACAGGAAGAAGCGUUCAUGGAAUAUUUACUUUCAGAUUCAGUGGGAUCCCAUUUUCUUGAAUCGUUUGUAAAGAACACUGGAGUUCGACUAAUGUUCAUUGAGAGACUAUAUGAAUUAUAUAUGAAGGAUAGGAUCUUGAAACUAGCAAGAAGGCACAAUACAGGUGUGUAUAUCGUUCAAGCUCUAUUGCUCAAGCUAAAACCUAGAGAAGUUGAAUUUAUUUUAGAUCAGUUGAUUCCAGAAUUAGCAAACUUAAUCUCGAUUACAGAAAUUCAAAACUUGGAUCUUGCCAAAGCCGUUCUAGAUGCAUCUGAGCGAAGAUCCCAUUAUAGAAGAGAAGAUAUAGUUGACCAGCUCAUGAAAAAAUUUGCACCCGAGUAUUAUGAAGAUAAGCAGUCUGAUUCUUCUCUUGCAGAGAAUGUAUUGAUGUUGGAAAGUUCUACCUUAGGAAAUACUCGUGAUGAUUGGCCAACGGUCGAAGAGAGGAGAAGGACUUUGUUCUUGAGCAAAUUGGUAGACUAUGAUUCGUGCUUUCUCUUCUGCUUAUGGAAUAGUUUUCUUAAUUUACCUUCAGGAAGGUUUAUUCAAAUGUGUUAUCACGGUGUAUUUUCCCACGCAGUCGAAGAAUCUCUUAAAUUCGUACCAUCUGAAUCCAAGGAAACUUUAAUUUUAAGAAAAAGAGUUCUUAACUUGUUUCAAAAUCAGAUUGCAAACUUGUCGUGCAAUUCUUAUGGAUCUCAUAUUGUGGACAAGUUGUGGACCUUUACAAUUGCAUUGCCUAUGUAUAAAGAUCGAUUUGCUACGGAGUUGUUGAACGAGUCUCAUAAAGUGAAAGAGAGCAAAUAUGGGAAAUUGGUUUGGAAGAACUGGUCUAUGGAGCUUUUCACAAGAAAAAGGAGUGACUGGAGGCAGGUCAUAAAACAACAACAGGAGGAAUAUUUCGAAGAUCAAAAACCUGAAAAGCCUAUUGACUUGAAAAUUGAACAAUUGGCAAAGAGGCAAAACCCUAUAGAUGCCUCAAAACGUUCUAACCAUGGUUAUCCUUAUGAUACCAAUGGCAAAAGAAGAAGAAUAGAAAAUAAGCAUUUAUAA